AUGGGAAAAGGCAAGAUUUUCAUCGAUGGUGUCGAAGGGGGCACGGACUCCAUGGGCAACACUUACUACUCACGAGAUGAAAUGUGGAAAAAUGAGCUCGAUCGGGCGGAUCCGACUAGCGAGAAAGGAUGGUAUGGGAAAGGGAUCAAGUACUGGGAGGAUGUGCCGGCCAGCGUCGACGGCGUGCUGGGAGGGUUUGGGCACGUCAGCGCGUCAGCUGGAGAUGCGAGGAGGAGGAUGACGAUGCGGCAGGUGACGGACGUGGACCUUGAAGAGUCGGAGCUCUUCUACCAGACUCUGCUCAGAGAGGGGCACUUGAAGCUGACAGAGCCCGGGAGAGCGGCUGACUGCGGGGCAGGGAUCGGGCGGAUCAGCAAGGGAUUUCUGUGCAAUCACUUCAAGGCCGUGGACCUCGUUGAGCCUGUGGCUCAUUUCUUGCAAACAGCCGAGAAAGAACUCUCUGGCUUCAAUGAUGGAAAUUACAUUCAGAUCGGCCUCCAGGACUGGGUUCCUCAGCAAGGAUUGUACGAUGUGAUCUGGAUCCAGUGGGUGAUUGGACACCUUACGGAUGAGGACUUCGUUGCCUUCAUGAUGCGAUGCAAGCGGGGAUUGAAGGAGGACGGAGUCAUCGUGCUCAAGGAGAAUGCUUGUACCGAAGGCUUCAUCGUUGACAAGGUGAAGGAGAGACGUUGCGAGUAUCCGGAGAUCCUCACCAAGACGAUGCAGGAAGAUUCCAGCGUGACAAGAUCGGCGGGUAACUUCGCUCAGUUUCCUCAGUUUGCAAGUGACAUGAGACGUAUCAAUGCAGUCUACCUCGAGGGCUUGUGCAAAGCCGCGGGACUUUCAGUAGUGGCGCAAGAGUAA